AUGACCGCCCCUACUCAGCCCGACGACUCCAGGUCUCGACCACCAGUCCAACAUGGCCCAGAGGUCCUUGGCAGCCGCGAGUAUGAAGGGAAUCCAGAUGCCAGAUAUGUGGCGGACGGUGAUCCGGCCCGCGUCAGUAUAGAUGAGAAGCGGGAAAGCUCCUUGGCUCGGGACGCCUUGCCACGAUCACCGAAUCCUCUCAAGCGCCUGAGUGCCCGCCUCAGCAGUAAUCUGGUCAGUCUACGCGGCGGUGGUAGCCCGGAAACGACUGGCACCGCUAGACCCAAGUUGAGUGCCGUCAAGCACGCCUCGUCACUUAAGCAAUCACCCGAGCACGGGUCCAAGAAAAAGAACAGGGAGGUGAGCAUUUCAGAAAGCUCGCCAGAUAUUAUAGGCAACCCGGUGGUGGCCUAUAAGGAAGGCCUUACUCGAUAUCUCUCCCAGCAUGAACAGGGCUUGAAGGGCUCGCCUGAGGCCCACGUCAUGACAGCACGUGCGCCUGGCGUCUCGCCCGUUAUCGAGUCUUCGCCUAUAUCUGCAACGCCUGCGGAUGACUUACCGACAACAUCAACUGAGUCAAACACAACUGUCAGAGGCGGCAUAACGCCUGGUCUCGUGGCUCGAACCCCAUCGUACCCGUUUCCCAGGAUGAACUCGACCGGGCUUAAGCUUGGCCGUGGACCCAUGAUGGCCAGCCCACAAUCCCAAACUCCCCUCCUCCAUUCGACUGGAGGUCAGUUUGCCAGCCACUUCUUACUGCAGGAGCAGCUGCGAUCGGAUCCUUCUACCCCUGCUUCUGUCAUGACCUUCCAGCCCACUGGUCAUCCUGAGCCACACCCAAAUUUCGACUACCCGUCCCCAAACCUGUACGACCUAUCAUUACUGCUCGCGGCUGAGCCCGGUCUCGAUGCUUGGUGGAAUACUGUGGUCCAGAUCAUGACGGAGCACUUUAAAGCGGAGCGUGUGACAUUGUCAAUACCUGCAGACAACACCGAUCUAGAGAAUGUGCCAUGGGGCCAGAAAGCCACGUUCAACGCGAGUGAGGAAGAUGAGCUCAGCAUGGGCUACAUGGGGCGAUCUAGCUUCGCACCACAGAGCACCGAGGAGGAGCCAGCUUCGACCCCGGAUCUGCCGCUGAAGAAUGAUCGUCCAGUGCGGCCGGGCAUGUUCAGUCGGCAUUCUUUUACGUCGUAUGAGAAGCAGAAAGGUGCCCAGGAUACGCAUACAAACUCGGCAGCAUCGCCUGCCCCCCAACGCCCGGGGUCCAUACUUCGUAGCAAGAGCUUCUACCCCACGACGAAUGCCCCACGGCCAGCUUCGCCUCACCCAGCCCUCAACAAGCGCACUCUGGAGAAACAUGACGCCGAAGAAGAGAAUCAACCUAUGCCUUCGUGGGAAGCUCCAUUGUUCAUGGGCCGAGACAUGAGAGGCCGUGUACUCCCCAUGCUCCAGGCCCUUGAUCUGGAGGCAGAUCCAUUGAUAGAUCAUAACGGCAUUGCGAGAGUGGUUGAGCGAGGUAAAGUGAUUGCGCUAACGCGAAGCUACCCGUACUUGAACCCCUUCGAGGACGAAAAGAAGAAGGGCCCACGGACCAGCUGGUCGAACGGCUCGUCGGAGUCGAAAAAGGGCUUGAGGAAGCAAACAACUUCAGACUCAAGCACGCAGCUUUCAUCUCUCCUCGACAGCGUCACAGCCUCGCAGACCACGGCCAAAGGCAGGAAGCUCCCCCAGGAAAGAAGCAAAAUCGCAGACAUUCUCGCGUCCAUCGACAGUGGUGCCCCGCGUCCCCCGACGCCGAAGUACGAAGAAUUUGAACAAACACCACCAUCACCAUGGUCACAGUCUCCUGCACCAUCGCCUGCCGUGCGAUCCGAUCCUUCAGAGAACCCUUUCUUCACAGAUGCUGUCAUUGAUGAGGAUUCAUUCAAUCCUGGCGCGAGUCCACACGAUUAUACGGCGAUCCAAACUCCCGAGGCGAUUGGCGUGGACAAUUCCUGGACCGUGUUACAUGUCCCGUUGCACCAUAUCCUGCUCUCCAAGCCUACGAGAGGAUUCAAACUCAACUCUGCCGCCCUGGGUCAAAGAAACGCCUCGCGACCUGGUGGCGCCAAAGCGCAAUCCCCGACGUCCGCCGAGGACACCCAGGAUCAGCCCCGUCCACCUGUGGCCAUUCUUUCUAUUCUGAGCCCUGUGAUCCCGUAUCCAGCCAACCUCAGGCAUUCCUUGCAGCAUCUCGCGCCCCAUUUGGCAACAUCAUAUUCGCUCUGCAGCCAUUACUCUAUGCUUGAAACCGAAGUGCUUGGGUUGGAUCGGAAACGACCUACGACAUCCGGCUUUGGCGGUGUGGACCUGGACGGCAGGCCAUUGCAGAAUUCUGCCUCGCUACGCAAUUUCAGCUAUGAAGCAAUGUCCUCCCAGUACCACUCGCAACUAUCUGCCACAGGCAGCAUCACUAGCCCCAGUGAUUACUCGGCUAGGUCCAGGAGUAUUGCGGGCUCGCCUGCCGCCAUCACGCCAAACUGGGAUUCAAAAUCUUCCGGCUUUGCAGCAGAACGUCGGACUGCUGGAGUCAGCCCUGGGAUGGUGUCCGGCGACAGCUACUUUAAUACUCGCCCGCGACAUGCUAACCUUGGCGAUGACACCGCGCACGAAGCUAUUGCGUCUCGUGGCAGCCGUCUGGCGAAGGAGACCUCCACCAUUGAACAUACCCAUCGGAGGUCUGGAAGUCUAAGACAGAUCCCUGAUACCCCGGCAGUCAAUGAGCCUGGCCUCGUGGACGCUAAUAGAGGUGACGGAGAUGAAAAGUCUUCAACCCGGCCGUCAUCGAAGAGCUCCGCGGAACCCAGUAGCACGCACAGCGAAUCGGACCAUGCUCCGGAUUCUGACGACAAGCUCUUGCGGCCUUCUGGUCAUACUACUGUCGGCACUCCGGGACAGAAACACACGUUGAUGCACUCGUACGGGGCAGACUUUGCUGCCACCUUCCAGUCUCUGCCCCCUAGUGCUUCUCUGCUAUCUAAGCCGACUACGUCCCACCCUCGCACGCAAACAGGGCCCGCGGCGCAGUUUAGUAUGCUGCCGCCCUCAGAUCGGCUCAAGAGCAUCAUGCUGGAUAGCCUGCCAGUCCAUGUUUUUGUAGCACUCCCAGUAACAGGAGAAAUAGUCUGGGUCAACAGCAGGUAUCUUUUCUACCGAGGCCAGACAAUCGGUGAUCUUGUGGCCGACCCAUGGGCAAGUCUUCACCCUGAAGACAGGGAUGACUACAUCCUGGCCUGGAGCGACUCACUCCGGUCAGGUAGCUCGUUUGAGCGGACAAUUCGACUCCGACGUUUCACUGGCGAUUACCGAUGGCACCAGGCAAGGGCGGUUCCUUUGAGAGACAAGCGCGGCGUACUGGUCCAGUUCAUCGGUUCCUACAUGGACAUCCACGACCAGCAUGUUGCAGAGCUCAAAAGUGUGCGUCAAGUCGAAGUCGAGGCCUCGGAAGCGAAGCAUCGUUUGCUAGCCAACCUUAUCCCUCAGAUCAUUUUCACCGCAACUGAACAGGAAGGUAUCACCUUUGCGAAUGACCAGUGGCUUUCAUAUACUGGACAGACCUCAGAGGCCACCCUCGGACUUGGUUUCAUGGACUUCGUGCAUCCAGACGACCUCGCCAAAUGCCGCCUACCAAGCAUUCGCAAUGAGAUGUCGUUCUUCCAAACAGAUGUAUCAAGCCCAGGCUCGAGCCAGACCACGGGAAAGAGCUCACAAUCGGCAGAUGAAGGUCUCUCAAGUCUUUCGCGCAGCAGCACCAGCGACAAUACCCUCACACCUGAGUUUCAGUCUGGCGACCUUGCCGAUCUUGUCAGAAAAGGAAUCAUCAAAGUAGCCACGGAUAGUGAUGGUCGCGUGUCAUACACAACAGAAGUCCGCCUGCGCUCCAAAUCCGGCGACUACAGGUGGCACCUCGUGCGAUGCGUGGAGAUUGACAAUAUCGACUUUGGGAACGGCGCCAGCUCAUACUUUGGAUCAGCAACUGAUAUCAACGACCACAAAUUACUCGAAGCCAAGCUUAAGGAGGCCAUGGAGUCUAAAGCGCGUUUCCUCAGCAACAUGUCUCACGAGAUUCGCACGCCACUGAUUGGUAUUUCCGGCAUGGUGAGCUUUCUCCAGGACACUACGCUGAAUGAAGAGCAGCGGGAUUACACCAACACCAUACAGACGAGCGCCAAGAGUCUUCUCAUGAUCAUCAACGACAUUCUAGACCUCUCCAAGGUCGACGCAGGCAUGAUGAAGCUCAAGUUUGAGUGGUUUCACACCCGCUCUCUCAUUGAGGACGUCAACGAGUUGGUGUCCGCCAUGGCGAUUGCGAAACGGCUUGAGCUCAACUACAUUGUGGAAGAGAAUGUCCCAUCAUGGGUGAAGGGGGACAAGGUCCGCAUUCGGCAGGUCCUCCUCAAUGUCAUCGGAAACGCGAUCAAGUUCACGUCGGAGGGAGAAGUCUUCAGUCGAUGCAGGGUGUGUGUCGAUGACUCUGCAACCUCGGACGAAGAUAGCAUCAUGCUUGAAUUCUCGAUAAUCGACACGGGACGAGGCUUUACGAAGGAGGAGGCCGAACUCAUUUUCAAGCCCUUCAGUCAGAUCGAUGGCAGCAGCACGCGCCAGCACGGCGGGAGUGGUUUAGGUCUGGUUAUCUCUCGACAACUUGUUGAGCUGCACGGUGGCCAGAUGAAUGGCACAGCCGUUCCGGGGCAAGGCUCGACUUUUACCUUUACCGCUCGGUUCGGAUUGCCAAGUGCAGAAGACCAUCCUAACACAAUUGGGACUCCUCCAAUGCUGCCAACCGUCGCAACACCGGCUGCCGACAAGCAUGCACAAGCACUUCGGCCCUUUUUGCUCCAGCAGACACUAAAUGGUUUCAACACUGCCAGUCCUGGAUCCGACGUUGGUACGAUCUCGCCAGCUCUCAACUCGUCGGCAAGUUCCGACCCUUCAGUGCGGUCAUCCGCACGCACGGCACGCUCCAGUGUGUCAUCGGUCCAUGUAGGACUAGCACACUUUAGCGAAGCUGCAAAGGCGAGUGGGCAGGAUUUGUCGCAGAUGCGUUUGCAGAUGCCCUUCGAGAAGCCGCGGAUUCCAGGUACGCCGAUACAAGACGACUCAGAGAUACCACCACACUUCAGGCCGCCCAUGUAUUCGAUUCUCGUGAUCUGCGCCCAGAAGCAUUCACGCGAAGCCACAACCAAGCAUAUCGAGAUGACGCUGCCGAAGGACGUGCCGCACCAGAUCACGGCUGUGGAAACGAGCGCGGAUGCGGAGAAGCUGAUUGGCGGGCACGAAUCAGUAACAUUCACCCAUGUCGUCCUCAAUCUCAGUUCCGCUGAAGAAGUCAUUGGCGUUGUCGACCGGAUUAUUGAAAGCUCAGGUGGCCGCACCUCCGUUCUCGUGCUCUCAGACUCUGUGCAAAGACAGUCAGUUCUCAAGCUGGCAUCUGAUCCAGCACACCAGCAACUCCUGGACGAGAAACGCAUCACGUUUGUCUACAAGCCUGUCAAGCCAUCACGUUUCGCAGUCAUCUUUGAUCCUGCGAAUGAACGCGAUCUAAGCGUGGACCUGAACAGAUCUAGCGCGGCACAAAUGGUGGAGAGCCAGAAGCAAAAUUACAUUGAUGUCGAAAAGAGAAUCGGCAACAAGGGCUAUAGGGUAAUGCUCGUCGAGGACAAUCCCGUCAAUCAGAAGGUCCUGGUGCGCUACCUCAAAAAAGUUGGAAUUGACGCUGAAAUUGCUGCGGAUGGUGUCGAGUGCACGGAGAAGGUGUUUUCGCAUGGCUCGGGAUACUACUCUUUAAUCUUGUGUGAUUUACACAUGCCUCGGAAGGACGGUUACCAAGCAUGCCGCGAAAUCCGAGCUUGGGAAGCAAAGGAGGGCCACUCGAAGCUUCCGAUCAUUGCACUCUCCGCAAACGUCAUGUCCGAUGUGCAAGAGAAAUGUUUUGCGGCCGGGUUCAGUGACUACGUCACGAAGCCGGUCGACUUCGUCGACUUGAGCACUGCCAUGUCGAAGUUUAUAUGA